UGGCUAAGCCGCACCUUCAUCUGAGCAUCAAAAUAAUGAUGAACAGAAAUCUUUCAGAUAUUCGUCAAUCUAGCUGCAAUACGACCUUGAUUCAUCUUCAUGAAAUGAUUCUCUUCCGCAUUCGUCUGUCAUAAAACAGAAAUUUGAAGCCCAAUAAAAACAUGGAAACGUCGGCAAUUACAUGAAUUUUUAGUCCAUUAAUCUAUCAAUCAUUUAGAUGAAAUUUUACAUUUGUGUGUCGCUUAAAUAAAGGAAACGUUAUGUGGAAGCUGAGUUGUCAUUGGUCAAGAGGAAGAUCGUCAUACUGAAUUCUGUUCCCAAUUGGUUUAAUCGUGACAUCACCAAUUUUUGCAAAAACUUCUUGAAUCCUGUAGAUGUUAACAGUUAAAACGAAAGCUGUGUUAAGAACAAAUAAUGUGUGUUUACAUCGUUCUGAGCCAAAUCAGCGCAUGCCGCAUACCGCAGCGUGUUUAAAAGGACUGUAGUUCCCAAUGGAUAUUUUUGAUGAGAUGGCUCUGGGAAUCUAAAAGUUUACUUCUGAUUUUUCAUCAUAUGUUUUGUGAAUAGAUCUUUCGUUCAUCUAUUCAUAAUGGUUGACUGUUCCUGUAUUAGAAACAUUCCAUAUGUGAAUGUUAAAGCACAUUAUUUCUUAUUGAAUGCAGCAUUAGCAUGUGUCAUUCCAUUUUUACCAGUUCAUGCUAAGGAAAUAGGGAUCUCGGCUGUAUCUGUGGGGGUUAUCUAUUCUCUAUUGCCACUUGUCACAAUGGUCUUAAAACCUUUCUUUGGAGCAGUUGCAGAUCACUUUGAUAAUUUAAAGCUCCUCCUUAUUAUCUUUGUGGCAUCUAUUAUGCUGUCAUCAACACUUACUGUUUCAAUACCUAGAAAAGGAAACAUGAUUAAUAGUGACAUUAGAUGUACAUCAUCUGGCACAACCUUGUUCUUUAAAUCUAAACCUAGCCAAGAUUGCAUGGUAGAAGUCUUGGUAUCUAAACCUUUGAGAUGCUAUAUGUAUUGUACUGAAUGUACAGAAUUUCAUAUAGUCCAGAUCAAUAAUAAAUCGGAGAAAGUUUGCAAGAAGACAGAUAUGCAUUCUGCUGAGAUAACUGUUAACUUAGAGAAACAGAAUAGAUCAACCCACUACUUUAAAGUGAAAGCCAUGACUCUUUCUGAACGCGAGAUGAACACACUCUGUUUUGUAAAUUUGACAUUCAGUUGUAGUUCUUAUUGUGAACCAAUUCUACAAGAAUGCUUUACAGGAAAGCAGCAACCAGAAUACAGCAGUGAUCAAUUUUGGCUUUUCCUUAUAUUCACAACCAUAUGUGUUAGUUUGAGUGGCGUAGCAUCUAGCUUUUCCGAUGCUGUUUGCUUUAAUGAAUUAGGUGCUAAUGGACACCUUUAUGGAAGACAAAGGUUGUGGGGCACCAUUGGCUGGGGCUUGCUCUCUCCACUUGCUGGAUAUGUAAAUGAUCUUGUGACUGGGGAUUCUUUUUUGAAAGCUUAUCAACCAGGUGCCAUCUUACAGUUUGCAAUAUUGUUGUAUGAUCUCAGGGUUGUCAUCAAGCUAAAAACCAAAAAUUUGAAGUGCUCACAGAAUGUGUGCAAAGAUGUUGGCAAACUACUUAAGCAAUUUAAGGUCUUGUCUUUCAUAUUAUCUGUGCUUAUGAUUGGCUCCUUUACUGGUCUUCUUUGGUCCUACCUUUAUUGGCACUUAAUUAAUUUGGGCGCAAACAGGAUCCUUUUAGGAAUUGUUCCUGCUGUGCAGUGUUUUCUUGGAGAAUUGUUGUUUUUCUUCUUCUCAGGCACUCUUAUUUCAAAACUGGGGCAUUUCAAUAUCCUGACUUUGAAUUUCAUUGCCUUUGGUGCAAGAUUCAUUGCAUAUUCCUACAUAGAAAAUCCUUGGAUGGUACUACCCAUUGAACUGCUGCAAGGACCUACAUAUGGAUUAUUUUAUGCUACCAUGGCCUCAUUUGCCCAUACAUCUGCUUUGCCAGGAACUGAAGUAACAGUUCAAGGUCUUGUUGGCAGUGGUUUCGAACUUGGUAUGGUUGUAGGAAAUCUUGUAGGUGGCUUGUCAAUGCAAACAUAUGACGGAACGUUCACAUUUUUCUGGGCUGGCAUAAUUUCUUUAGGAUAUUGCUUGGUUAACAUUUUAUUUACCAUAAUUGUAAAAAUCCUAAACCAAAGAGAACGCAGAAGACAAGAAGCGCUACCUCCUCCAGUUGUUGAAGAAAGUGUUUCAUUUAUGUAAUGUAUGUAAAAGAACAUUUAAAUUAUUUGUAAAAUCAAAUCGUGAAUCUCAUAUUUGUAAUUCUAGGUUCAUAUCAUGUUAUUUAUAUUACUCAUAAAAUCUUUCAUUUUUGAUGCAUUUACUUACCAAUAUUUAGAAUCUUGGAUUCAAUUUGUAAAAUCUCAUAUUUAAUUUCAUAUACUUUUAAACUCUUUAUCUAUUAAAGAAAAUCGUAACUGAAAAUUAUGCAUUCAAGAAGUAAAUUAGUGAAAUUUUGAUCUCAGGAAGUAUAUGAGGAAAAUAUUUUAUUUUGAUGAAAAGACAAAGUAUUACUUAUUUAAUGUUAAAUUAUUUGUUAGUCUGUGUUAAUAUAAACCAUGCAUUUAUUUAUAGUUCUUCCUCAGCACAGAUGCUAAUCUACAUCUGCUUUUUAAAAAAAUUAAAGUAUUCAUUUGAUAUUGAAUCAAAACAUACACUUUUGAUUUUAGUAUUUAUACACAAUAAUUAUCAUGCCAUGUUUCUCUUAUAGCAUUUACAUAAUGCAUGCCAAUUCUUUGAAAUAAUUUUAUCUGUCAAUUACAUUCCUUAAUGCAGAUUUCUUUCAUUAAAUUUCACUAAUGUGAAAAAUAACUUUUUUAACAAAUUAUUUCAAACAUGACACAAAAUUAGCAGUUUUUAUUGUCAUUGAUUUUUUUUUUUUUUCUUCUUAAAUAUGAGAUUAUAUUAUUUAAGACUCUAAUUUGUAAUAUAAAGUCUACAACAGUAGUGAUUUCCAGUGUUUCCUUUCUACUGUUUUCUGUUAACUAAUUAAAUAGGUUGUAAUGUAGAAAUCUUGCAUGAUGUUGUAUAUUUUAUAUCAUUGUUUGAUGUUCCAAGUGUAAAUUUAUGGUGUACUCUGAACUAAAGCAGAUUAAACUUUUUUUCGUUGGUUUCCCUGGUGUGUAAUAAUGUUUGUUAGUUUCAUAAAUAAAAAGUGACAUUUAAUUUU